UUUUGCUGAUUGAUGAGCUGAGCUCUCCGACUCUACUAAUCAUCUUUACAUUCAAAUAUUUCUGACAGGGUUUUACCUCCACAGUUCCAUCUGAUCCGUUGUGGGUGUAUUUGAGGAGGUUAACUGCGUUCUGCUGUAAAGAUCAAGAUUUGAGGGGUGUCCUGUCUCCUCCUGUUGUCCUCUUUCCUACACAUCAUAACUUAACCUCCACAAGAAUAUCAAGCAUUUCAACUAUGAUGAAGUCAGAAGAGAUUAAAUGUGAGCAUCUGGAACCUGUGGAGAGCUGCAGUAGUGAACAAAUCUCUGAUACUUUCCACUCUAAGAUCUCUCGCAGACGAGUGCGGGAAAAAAAUUACCACUGCUCAAUGUGUGGAAAGAGUUUCGAUCGAGAGAGUUUUCUCAGAAAGCAUCAGCGGAUUCACACAGGAGAGAAACCGUAUCAGUGCUCACAAUGUGGGAAGAGUUUCAGUCAGAAGAGUCAUGUCAGUCAGCACCAGCGCAUUCACACAGGAGAGAAACCGUUUCAAUGCUCGGAGUGUGGGAAGAAGUUUACCUGGCAGAGAGAUGUCCAGCGACACCAGCGCAUCCACACAGGGGAGAAACCGUAUCAGUGUUCAGACUGUGGGAAGAAGUUUACCUGGCCGAUAGCCCUCCAGCGACACCAGCAUAUUCACGCUGGAGAAAAGCCGCAUCAGUGUUCACAUUGUGAGAAGAGCUUUAGUGAGACACGUCUUCUCAUAAAUCAUCUCCUAGUUCAUACUGGAGAGAAACCAUUUCACUGCUCAGAGUGUGGUAUGAGUUUUAGGCUGAAGAUUCAUCUCCAAAAACACCAACGCAUUCACACUGGAGAGAAACCAUAUAACUGCCUAGAGUGUGGGAAGAGUUUUACACGAAAGACUGGUCUCCAAAUACACCAACGCAUUCACACUGGAGAGAAACCGUAUCAGUGCUCACAGUGUGCAACAAAGUUUACUACCCUGAAUCAUCUACAACAACAUCAGCGCAUUCACACUGGAGAGAAACCGUUUCACUGCCGAGAGUGUGGGAAGAGUUUUACACAAAAGUCUAGUCUCCAAAUACACCAACGCAUUCACACUGGAGAGAAACCGUAUUUCUGUCUAGAGUGUGGGAAGAGUUUUAGUCGAGAGGACUCGCUUCAAAUACACCAACGCUUUCACACUGGAGAGAAACCGUAUUACUGUUCACAGUGUGCAAAGAACUUCACUACCCUGAGUCACCUCCGCCAACACGAGCGCAUUCACACUGGAGAGAAACCGUAUCAAUGCUCGGAGUGUGGGAAGAGUUUUACUAUCCUGAGUGAUCUCCGAAAACACCAGCGUGUUCACACGGGAGAGAAACCGUACCCGUGCCUAGAGUGUGAGAAAAGUUUUAGCCGAGAUGACGCACUCCAAGUACACAAACGCAUUCACACUGGAGAGAAACCUUAUUCCUGCUCACAGUGUGCAAAGAACUUUACUACCCUGGGCAAUCUCCGUAAACACCGGUGCACUGGUACAGGAGAGAAAUCAGAUGUGAGAACUUCAAUUUCAAAACAGAAAUAUGUCAUAGCCCUGAGGGGUUUUACCUCCACAGUUCCAUCUGAUCCGUUGUGGGUGUAUUUGAGGAGGUUAACUGCGUUCUGCUGUAAAGAUCAAGAUUUGAGGGGUGUGCUGUCUCCUCCACUUGUCCUCUUUCCUACACGUCAUACAUUUAUCUCCAGAAGAAUAUCAAGCGUUUCAACUAUGAUGAAAUCAGAAGAUAUUAAAUGUGAGGAUCUGGAACCCGUGGAGAGCUGCAGUAGUGAACAAAUGCUAUCUAAUACUUUCCAUACUAAUGUCUCUCACAGACAAGUGCAAAAAGUAAUUCACCACUGCUCACUGUGUGGGAAGAGUUUCAGUCGGAAGACGUAUCUCAGACAGCAUCAGCGGACUCACACGGGAGAGAAGCCCUAUCACUGCUCACAAUGUGGGAAGAGCUUCAGUCAGAAGAGUCAUGUCAAACAACACCAGCGCAUCCACACAGGAGAGAAACCGUAUCGAUGCUCAGAGUGUGGGAAGAAGUUUACCUGCCAGAGUCACCUCCAGCGACACCAGCGCAUUCAUGCAGGAGAGAAACCGUAUCAGUGUUCACAUUGUGAGAAGAGGUUUAGUGAGAGAGGUUUUCUCAUAAAUCACCUCCGAGUUCAUACAGGAGAGAAACCGUAUCAGUGCUCAGAGUGUGGGAUGAGUUUUACACAGAGGAGUAAUCUCCAAAAACACCAACGUAUUCAUACAGGAGAUAAACCGUAUAACUGCCUGGACUGUGGGAAGAGUUUUACACAAAAGUCUACUCUCCAGAUACACCAACGCAUUCACACUGGAGAGAAACCGUAUUACUGCUCACAGUGUGCAAAGAACUUCACUACCCUGAGUAAUCUCCGAAAACACCAGCGCGUUCACACUGGAGAGAAAACAUUUCACUGCUCGGAGUGUGGGAAGAGUUUCAGGACACACAGAAAUUUUCAGCAACACAAGCACAUUUACACGGCGGAGAACGAGGACCUACAGUUCUCAACAGAAAGUGUGGGUUUUACCUCCACAGUUCCAUCUGAUCCGUUGUGGGUGUAUUUGAGGAGGUUAACUGCGUUCUGCUGUAAAGAUCAAGAUACAAGUGGUGUCCUGUCUUCUCCUGCUGUCUUUUUUCCCACCUGUACUCUUCCUCUAAAUUUACUUCUGAAAGAACCUCAAGAUCAAAAUAAGAUGAAGGCAAACCAAAUGAAAUGUGAGAAUCUGGAACCAACAGAGAGCUCCAGCAGUCUCCAAAGGUCCUCUGGUACUUUCCACACCGGCCCCUCUCUCGGACGAGUCCAAAAAGACGUUCACCGGUGUUCACAGUGUGGAAAGAUCUUCAGUCAGAAGUGCAAUCUCAAACAACACCAGCACGUUCACACGGGAGAGAAGCCGUAUCCAUGUUCGCACUGCGGGAAGAGUUUCAGCCUGAAGAGUACGCUCAAACAACACCAGCGAACGCAUACGGGAGAGAAGCCGUAUCGGUGUUCGCACUGCGGGAAGAGCUUUACGCAAACGACUCAUCUCCAGCAACACCAGCGCAUUCACACUGGAGAUAAACCGUAUCACUGCUUAGACUGUGGGAAGAGUUUUAGUCGAGUAGGAACCCUCCAGGUCCACCAGCGCCUUCACACUGGAGAGAGGCCGUAUUACUGCUCGCUCUGUGGGAAGUGUUUUAGCGAGAGAGGCACACUCGUCCAACACCUGCGAAUUCACACCGGAGAGAAACCUUACCACUGCUUGCAGUGCGGGAAGAGUUUUGUUGGAAAGAGCAAUCUCAAACAACACCAGCGUAUUCACUCGGGAGAGAAGCCAUAUCCGUGCUCGUACUGCGGGAAGAGUUUCACACAGAGGGGUAAUCUCCGGAAGCACCUGCGUAUUCACACGGGAGAUAAACCGUACCACUGCUCGGAGUGUGGGAAGAGUUUCACACAAGGAACCGAUCUCCAAGUGCACCAACACAUUCACACCGGGGAGAAGCCCUACCACUGUUCAGCAUGCGCCAAGAGCUUCACCAGUUACAGUAAUUUCCACCAGCACCAGCGCAUCCACACCGGAGAGAAACCGUACCCGUGCUCACGGUGCGGGAAGAGCUUUAGGACCCACAGAAAUCUACAGCGACACCAGCACGUCCACGCAGCUGAGAACGAGGACGUUUGUAGUGUGAUCGUUAACUAGUUCUGUCCUCAAUACUUUAUUCUGGGUCAAAUGAUAUCUCUGAUCAACUCUAUACUGGAGAUUCCAGUGGUGAAUUUCGUUCGUUCCCUUCCGAUUACUCUAUGAAUUAUGCAGCUGUGGAUUUUAUACGGUGUGGAACAUAACAAUGCGUAUUUAAUAUUAUAUUCUUAACGCAUGCCCACGUUGAAUAUUAUCUGGUACGUUGUUUGAAUUCUAAAGCAGAACGGUCAGAUAGUCGGUGUAUAUAAUUGUUAGACAUUUGAAUAUCCGUGCAUUAAGAGAAAUUGGUUAAUUGGUUGAUUUAAAAGUCAUGUGAGUAUUUGUUAUGAACAUGUUGGUGAAUAAGACGUUCCUGCACCGUGACGGUAAGAUGAACACCGUAGUAGUUUUUUUAACAGGAAAUAUAAAAGGGAUGUCUGCGGUUUCACUGAAAUGUCUGAUAAUCCUAAAUCAUUGUAGUUCGUUUACCUCAAUAAGGAAAGGAUGUAAAUGCUGCGUGCUUGCUUUGCCGUUAGUUCAGUGCCUUCACUUUAUGGUCCUUUCCACCACUGAUGUUGUUAUUUUUAUUUUUUUUUCAUGAGCUUGAUGAGGUAACGUGUAUUUCUGGCCUCAGGGCUGUAAAUAGUGAUCUGUUAAAACUAAUACCUCCUGUUGGAACCUGCUAAGAUGGCUCAAGAUGGCGGUUCAGGCCUCGGUCAUGAUGAGCUUUAUGAAAACACUGUAUCUCAGGCUUUACAGUAUCUUCAUUCUUUCUUUAGCUUACCUUCAUUACUCUAUAACUUUUCCAGUCCUUCCAGGAUUCUGCGAUCGCAGAGAUUAACCCAAAGUCAAGCCAACUCCAGUUUUUCAGAGUUACUACAGAUUCGGGCUGAGACGCGUCACAUAAUUUCUUAUUCACGUGCGGUUGCAAUUUCUCCAGUUCAAGUAGUUUUCCACAAAAAAAAAGGCGCAACAAACUGCAAAUUGCAUCAUCGCAAA